AACCUCAUUCAAUUCCCACGGUUAUCAUUUGCUCCAAGCAAUGAGAUUCGCCAUUGAAGAAAUCAAUAAUUCCAGCUUUCUUCUCCAAAUCACACUGGGGUACGAGCUGUAUGACAUCUGCUCAGAUUCUGCCAACAUAUACGGGACACUGAAGAUCCUCUCCCAGUGUACGACAAGCUAUAUAAAGAUGACAAACAACUUUACCAACUAUGAUAUGAAAGCCAUUGCAUUAGUUGGACCGUCCAGCAGUAGUUUUGCUUUUGUCACAGCAAGUAUAUUGGGCAAAUUUCUUGUACCACAGAUAAGUUACUCGGCCUCCAAUGAGUUGCUCAGCCGUAAGCAGAUAUACCCAUCCUUCCUUCGCACGAUUCCCAGCGACAAACUACAAGUGGAAGUCAUCUUGAACUUGCUGGCAAGAUUUAAGUGGACAUGGAUCGCCAUAGUGGGCAGUGAUGAUGUCUAUGGCAGGCAGGGCUUACAAGACUUAUAUUAUUUGAAUGACGGAUAUGUCUGGAUUGGCAGCGAGAGCUGGUCUGUGGACUCACAGAUUGCUGGUCUGCCAAAUAUCCAGAGCAUUGGCUCAAUCCUGGGGGUGUCAGUGGGUCAGAUCUAUUUUCCAAAACUUGUAGACUUUGAGACUGAAUAUGUAAAAUCAAUAAAAUCAUUGGACUCAAGUCUCUAUGGCUGCAAUCAAGUGUGUCGGGACUGUCAGUCAUUCAGUGUGCAGAACAUGUCCAUCCCCAGCCAGUUCGCUAUGUCAGCUUCUUUUAAUGUGUAUUCUGCUGUCUACGCCCUGGCCCAUGGCUUGCAUGACUUACUGGAUUGUAAAUCUGGACGAUGCAGAAAUGAGACAGUUUAUCCUUGGCAGCUCUUGGAAUAUGUCAAGAAGGUGAAUUUCACUCUCUACAAUCAGUCCAUAUAUUUUGACAGUAACGGGGACCCAUCCACCGGCUAUGACAUAGUGAUGUGGUCUUGGAAUGAAGUUAUCCCGUCCUUCAAGAUCAUUGGUUCAUACAGUAAAGUUGCAGGAAGUCUUAAAUUGAAUGAAGAGCUUAAAUGGCACACCAAGGAUAACUCUGUUCCCGAAUCAAUUUGUUCAAAAGAAUGUGCAACGGGAGAAAGACGAGUGCAGACUGCAUCUCAUUCUUGCUGUUUCGAUUGUAUCCCUUGCCCGAAAAUGACAUUUGUCAACCAAAGCGAUCUCUAUACCUGCCAGCCAUGCGGAUCCAGUCAGUGGUCACCCAUGAGGAGUGAGAUCUGCUACAAUAGAACCUUACAAUAUCUUCCAUGGACUGAUCCAUUGUCACUUGCCCUUCUGUCAACCGUUACUUUGUUGCUAUUACUAAUAGCCGCAAUCACAGUUAUAUUCAUUAUGAACCUAAAUACCCCAGUAGUGAAGUCAGCAGGAGGGAAGAUGUGUUUGCUGAUGUUAUGGUCCCUGAUGUGCUCCUGUUGCACCCUAUAUUGUUAUUUCGGUAGGCCACAGGUGGUUACAUGUAUGGUACGACAACGUUUCUCUGUCAGCUUUACCAUUUGCUUUUCUUGCAUUGUAGUGCAUUCCUUCCAGAUAGUCUGUAUUUUCAAAAUGGCCACCCUUAUGCCCAGAGUGUAUGAAAUGUGGGUAAAGAAGAAUGGCUCGGAUAUCUUUAUCGUGGUCAGUACUGCUGGUCAGAUCCUGAUUUGUGUCAUCUGGAUGGUGCUGAAGCCACCUUUACCCAUUGAAGAUUAUGCCACGUUCCCUGAGCAGAUCAUACUGAAGUGCUCAGAGACGGUCUCUGUGGGCUCCGUGGCUCAGAUUAUUUACAUCGGCCUCCUGAGUAUGCUGUGCUUUACCUUCUGCUACAUGGGGAAAGAUUUACCAGAUAAUUACAAUGAGGCAAAAUGCAUCUCAUUCAGUUUAUUGGUGUAUUUCUUCUCCUGGAUUGCAUUCUUCACCACCUAUAUCAUCUACCAGGGGAAGUACAUAGUGGCCGUCAACGUUGCUGCUGUAUUAGUCAGUGUGAUGGGGAUUGUUAUCGGUUACUUUACUCCAAAAUGCUACGUUAUUCUCUUUAGACCAGAACUCAACACCACAGAGCAUUUCCAGAUGGCCAUUCAGAACUACACAAAGAAACAGUCUGCUACUGACUAA